AUGGUUGAUCUCCAUAGACUGAAAGAAUUAUAUAUGUCGGGCAACCAAUUGACAGGAAAUUUGAGCGGUUGGCUGGAGCAAAUGACGGAUCUCAUCAUUUUGGAUCUCCGAUCUAAUUUAUUCAACGGUUCCAUGCCUUCCUCCUCCGUUGGUAAGUUCUCUAAUCUCACUGAAUUGUAUCUCGGUGGAAAUUCUCUUGGAGGUGUUAUUUCAGACGUUCAUUUUGAGAAUCUUACGAGAUUGCAAGUGUUGGACUUGUCUUACAACCCCAUCACCAUAUCAAUUGGCCAGAGUUGGGUUCCCCCUUUCCAACUUAGAUUAGUAUAUUUAACCAAUUGUCAGUUGGGACCUCAAUUUCCAGAAUGGUUGCAGUUCCAAACACAGAUCGAAGAAUUAUAUUUGGCAAACUGUAAAAUUGCAGGGACAAUGCCCGCUUGGUUUGGGAAUAUUUCAUCUUCUACCAUCACAGAUUUAUUCCUUUCCAACAACCAAAUAGGAGGCAAGCUGCCAUCUUCUUUGAACUUCACCAAGUUGGAAACAUUAUCUUUGCGUUCUAACAGAUUUGAAGGUCCAUUGCCAACGAUGCUACCGUCUACACUCGAUACUCUAUACCUCUCCAAUAAUUCCUUGACAGGGCAAUUGCCGAUAUGGCCCCAUGUUAGAUUUGUGUCAAUCUCUGAUAACAUGCUUGACGGUGGCUUAUCUUCGUCAAUCUGCCGAUGGACAGGUGGUCUCGUAUACCUUGACCUUUCGAACAAUAAAUUACUUGGUCAGAUCCCUUAUUAUUGUUUGGGAAAGUCAUUACAAAAUCUUUAUUUCUUAAAUUUGGGCAACAAUCACAUCUCGGGUGAAAUUCCACAUACGAUCGGUUUUUUAAGUGAGCUUCGGCUAUUGCAACUGAAAAAUAAUAGUUUUUCAGGUGAGGUUCCUUUGUCAUUGAAAAAUUGUACAAAGUUACAGUUUCUUGAUCUGGCUCAAAAUAAUCUUGUCGGAAGUAUAAUGCUAUGGAUGGGAGAAAAUCUACGACAACUGAUAGUACUUCGUCUACGUUCAAAUAUGUUUUCUGGAGUUAUUUCUUGGCAACUUGCUCGAUUUGAACAGCUUCAAAUAUUGGAUCUUGCUAAUAACAAUUUCUCUGGAUCAAUACCUCACAACAUUGGUAAUUUAAAUACCAUGAGAUCGACAUCACAAUAUUAUGAUUUUUGUUAUGAUGAAUUGGAUGUCUUUACAAAGGGACAAGAUCUUUAUUAUUUACAAUGCAACAUGCAACUUAUGAAAAGUUUAGAUCUUUCAAACAAUUGUCUAACCGGAGAGAUACCAAAAGGAGUUGGAGACCUUGCAGGACUUAAGAACUUCAAUUUGUCGAGAAAUCAUUUACAAGGGGAAAUCCCUUGGGCGAUAGGAGGAAUGAUAUCAUUAGAAUCCCUUGAUCUAUCGAUAAAUAAUCCCUUGAGCUUAUCGAUUUUACAUUCCUUGAACUAUUUGAAUUUAUCGUAUAAUAAUCUUUCGGGAAUGAUACCAUCUGGUAAUCAACUCCAAACCUUUAUUGAUCCAUCCAUCUAUAUGGGCAAUGCUAACUUAUGUGGACCACCAAUUUCCAAAAGUUGUUUUAAUAAUAAAACUACAUAUAUUAUACCAGAGCACAAGAAGGAGAUUCCCCGGUGGCUAUGGUUCUAUAUCAGCAUAGUAUUAGGAUAUGUGAUGGGAUUUUGGACCUUUUGUGGUAUUCUCUUCCUCAAAGACGCAUGGAGGCAUGCUUAUUUUCAUAUGAUUGAUGAUAUAUAUGAUCGGUUCUGGGUAUAA